GCGCCGUAUGUAACUAAGCCAGGUAUGGAACUGUCUUAGUACGUUAUCAGGAGCUUCGUUUGUGCACUAUCUUCUCCUCCGCAAAGUGACACUCAACCACUUUAACGAGGCUACAGCAACUGCCAAAGCUCCCGGCGCCAUCAACCUCAACAUUGAAACCAUCCUAGCUACCUUAGUAGCCUGGUCUAUCCUGCACGUCACCCUUCGCCCACUCCACAUACUGAGCUCUUGAGCUGCUAAGGUACGUCUGGGACAAUCUCAAAUUUUCUCCGGCAUCAAAUCAGUCAACAAAAACAAGUGUUGAUAUUGAAGCAGCUGAUCAGUAUUGCACCAACAGGCUCGCGUCAUUUACGCUCUUACAUCAUGACGUGGAUCUCGCGCUCGAUCACGGCCAUUGGCCUCCUUCUCCUCGGCCAUGCAUGCUACUCUGCACAAGAACACUCUGCGCUGCAAUCCUUCCGAGCAGCUUCGCCUUUAGCAACAUCUGCCUCAGCCACCACGUCGCUGCCGGCGGACAUCACAAUCGAGGCGGCCGUGGCGACCCUCAUCGUCGUCCUGGGUAUGGUCUUGGGCGCACCCAACCUCCGGCCGAUCGAAUGGCGCGUGUGGGCAGGCAAAAUUGAACGAGAGGGCGAGAUGGGAUUCCUGACGGGCAGCGGGGAGGUGGAGAAGGACUACGUUGGCAACCCGUUUCGCAUUCUGGAGAGCCGGCCCGGCUUCGCCGACAUUCGGAAACAAAAGAGAGACUUUACGAACUGGGUCAAGGCUGGAGGAAAGGCUGGAACCGCGGCCAAGUCGGGUUGAGCUCUGGAAUGGCGAAUGAAUAUAGUCAAUCCAACAACAUCCCUGCAACGUAUUUUCAACGUGGGCACGCCCAUAUCAGAGUUCUCACCGCAAUGGCCUCGGAAGACAGGUCCCCGGCUUCGGGCUACGAUGAAUUUGACCCCUCAUCAUGCAGUAGGCAAGGUAUCUAGACCCAGUGCUUCUUUCAACACUGAAUCAAGAAUUGUAGAAAAGGAUAACCCAAGGGGGUACGAACGACAGAGAUGACUAUUCCACUUCCCAGGUACAUCGACAUCGUAGAAGUGCUCGAGGUUGCGUUGGGAGGCAACCUGGCUUCAUCAAAGUUGAUUACCUAGAUUAAAUACCCGCUCAUACGUAGCC